AUGUCGACUCAGCUCCUCCCUCUCGAACUCAUCGACCGCUGUGUCGGCUCGCCGAUAUGGGUCAUCAUGAAGGGCGACAAAGAGUUCAGUGGCACCCUUCAAGGCUUCGACGACUUCGUCAAUAUGGUAUUGGAAGAUGUGACUGAAUACGACUACACCGGCGCUCACACGAAACUGAACAAGAUUCUGCUGAAUGGCAAUAACAUUUGCAUGCUUAUUCCUGGAGGCAUGCCCGAUCAAAAUUGA